AUAAUGGACAGUUGCAAUUUGGGACAGGCCGGCUAUAGCAAAAACCAUGGAGAAGAGGGGCGAAGUGGGGAGGGGUGGUUUUGAAUGAAAGUCCUUUGCUUUGGAGAAAGCAAGAAUUCAGGGCGAUGAUGAUUUCUCGUUGAGUUGCUGUGGUGGUGGAUUUCUUUUUAAAAAAGUUUUAAAGCAUUAAAAAAAUUCGAGAGAGCGGAAGCGGGGAGGGGACAGAGGGAGAGAGAGAGAGACUCAUGGGGCUCUAUCCCUUGACCCUGCGAUCAUGACCUGAGUGGAAAUCAAGAGUCGGUCGCUCAACCCUCUGAGCCACCCGGGUGCCGGUGCGGCGGUGGAUUUCUUGAAGGAGAUGCCACUGACCCUGAACCUCCUCCCCCGUGGCGGCCGGUAUUUGAUGAUUCUUUGCUAUCAACAAUUCUCUCGGAGCCCAUACUUGACAAUUCUUCCAAGUGAUGGAGCCUAUACUUGACAAUUCUUCCAAGUGAUGGAGCCUAUACUUGACAAUUCUUCCAAGUGAUGGAGCCUAUACUUGACAAUUCUUCCAAGUGAUUGACCUUGCGUGGUACCACCGGAGAGCUCCCCCCUUCUUGGGGCCUCCCAGCUCCAUCAUAGUGAGAUGUCUCUUCAUUAAUUCACAAGACUGCGUCAUGGGGAGAGACUGAUACAGAGAGUAUCAGAGGCAGUGGAAAUAGAAACUGGCAAGAGCUGGCAGAGGGACUGAGAGAGGGGAAGAGCCAGCUGAUGGAAAGAGCCGGAGGUGGGAAGUGAGUGAGACGGCCGCCCUAAUGACGGCAGACCCUCAAAGGGAGCCAUCGGGGGGGUGGAGAAAUGGGACGCGAUGGAGAACUGGUUCCACUGGAAGACUAGAGUGCGAACAGAACUGGAACGACCGCGUCAUGUUUGAAAAUGGGAGACAUAAAGCCAGAUGAUGGAGAAUCACACCGAGGAGACGAAGAGGAGUAAAUGGGAGCCUGACUCACUAGAUUUGAAUUCCUCGUCGCACCACGUACUUAACCAUCUUUGGUUCAGUACAACAGGGAGUGGCGAUAGCACCUUCUUAACGUUGUGAGGGAAGUGUAGGUGCGCGGAUGCUUGUCGUUGCACGUGUACGUGUACGCAGGUGAUUUCGAAUGGAACCUGAUACGGGAGCGAGUGCUAACUUGUCAAAGCGCCAGACAACUGGGAGGCAAAAUAUUAGGUGGAGAAAUGGAGAUGAAGAGAGAGUCGUGAUGGAGGGAGAGACAGUGGUGGGAAGUGGAGAGAGACAAAAACAGAGCAUCAGAGCUGACGACGAGGAGCAAACGAGAAAGGCAGAUGGAGGUGCUCAGUGCCUGGAAGACCCAGGAUGGACUUGUGUCUGUCGCACAGAUCACCGCAGGAGUCGUGAGGUGCCCUGUGUGUCACCAGUUUGACCCGGGGCCCAUCGCCUGUCAUCGUCCUGUGCCACAGUGAGGAGCAAAAUUGGCUUUUUGGAGAGAAGGUGGUUCCUCCUCGCGGGCACUGGGCUCUCACUGCAGCUUCGAGACCGCGUCGCGACUGCCCGCCACAUGCCUCCUCCCAGAACGAAGGAGGGCGGGGAUGACCGAGGCCGACACUGGGAUCCCAGUGAGGAGGACGCCCCUGAGAAAUGGGACUGGAAUUGUCCGGAGACCCGUCGCCUCUUCGAGGAUGCCUUUUUCCGUGAUGAGGAUUAUAUACCCCAGGGUUCUGAGGAGCGCAAGAAGUUCUGGACCUUCUUUGAACGCUUACAGAGAUUCCAGAACCUCAAGAGCACCAGGAAGGGGGACAAGGACCCUGGGCGUCCCAAGCACAGCAUCCCGGCGCUGGCCGACCUGCCUCGCGCUUACGACCCCCGUUACCGCAUCAACCUCUCCGUCCGGGGCCCCGACGCCCGGGGCUCUCGGGGGCUGGACGGACAGCCCCCGGAGAGGGUGUCCGAGUUCCGCCGAGCCCUUCUGCACUACCUGGACUUUGGCCAGAAGCAGGCGUUUGGACGACUGGCCAGACUGCAGAGGGAACGGGCGGCCCUCCCCAUCGCCCAGUACGGGACCCGCAUCCUGCAGACACUGAAGGAACACCAGGUGGUGGUGGUGGCGGGUGACACGGGCUGUGGCAAGUCCACCCAGGUGCCCCAGUACCUGCUGGCCGCCGGCUUCAGUCACGUGGCGUGCACCCAGCCCCGGCGUAUCGCCUGCGUCUCCCUGGCCAAGCGCGUCAGCUUCGAGAGCCUCAGUCAGUAUGGCUCACGGGUCGGCUACCAGAUCCGCUUUGAGAGCACACGGACGGCAGCCACCAAGAUCGUGUUCCUGACGGUGGGGCUGCUCCUGAGGCAGAUCCAGCGGGAGCCCCGCCUGCCCCAGUACCAGGUCCUGAUCGUGGACGAAGUCCACGAACGCCACCUGCACAACGACUUCCUGCUGGGCGUUCUCCGGCGCCUGCUGCCCGAGCGGCCUGACCUCAAGGUUAUCCUCAUGUCGGCCACCAUCAACAUCUCGCUCUUCUCCAGCUACUUCGGCGGGGCCCCCGUGGUGCAAGUGCCCGGGAGGCUGUUCCCCAUCACGGUCGUGUACCAGCCACAGGAGGCCGAGCCGCCGGCGUCCAAGUCGGAGAAGCUGGACCCUCGGCCUUUCCUGAGGGUGCUGGAGGCCAUCGACAGUAAGUACCCGCCGGAGGAGCGGGGCGACCUCCUGGUCUUCCUGAGCGGCAUGGCGGAGAUCAGCGCGGUGCUCGAGGCGGCCCAGGCCUAUGCCAGCCGCACCCAGCGCUGGGUGGUUCUGCCGCUGCACAGCGCCCUCUCUGUGGCCGACCAGGACAAGGUGUUCGAUGUGGCCCCCCCCGGGGUUCGGAAGUGCAUCCUCUCCACCAACAUCGCUGAGACCUCGGUCACCAUUGAUGGGAUCCGCUUCGUAGUAGAUUCUGGGAAGGUGAAGGAGAUGGGCUAUGACCCACAGGCCAAGUUGCAGCGGCUGCAGGAAUUCUGGAUCAGCCAGGCCAGUGCCGAGCAGCGGAAGGGCCGGGCGGGCCGCACGGGCCCCGGCGUCUGCUUCCGCCUCUACGCUGAGUCGGACUACGAUGCCUUCGCCCCCUACCCCGUCCCGGAGAUUCGGAGGGUGGCCCUCGACGCGCUGGUGCUGCAGAUGAAAAGCAUGUGCGUGGGGGACCCGCGAACCUUCCCCUUCAUCGAGCCUCCGCCACCAGCCAGCCUGGAAACGGCCAUCCUCUACCUCCGGGACCAGGGGGCCCUGGACAGCUCAGAGGCCCUCACCCCUAUCGGCUCUCUGCUGGCCCAGCUUCCGGUGGACGUGGUGAUCGGGAAGAUGCUGAUCCUUGGUUCCAUGUUCCACCUGGCGGAGCCCGUGCUCACCAUCGCGGCUGCCCUCAGUGUCCAGUCGCCCUUCACCCGCAGCGCCCAGAGCAACCCCGAGAGUGCGGCUGCGCGGCGGCCCCUGGACAGUGACCACGGUGACCCCUUCACGCUCUUUAAUGUCUUCAACACCUGGGUGCAGGUGAAAUCCGAACGGAGCAGGAGCUCACGCAAGUGGUGCCGCCACCGGUGCAUAGAGGAGCAUCGGCUGUACGAGAUGGCCAACGUACGGCGCCAGUUCAAGGAGCUGCUGGAGGACCACGGGCUGCUGGCCAGGGCCCGGGCCCCGAAGCCGGGGGACAGCUACAGCCGGCUGCGGCAGCGCCGGGAGCGCCGGGCACUGUACCAGCUGAAGCGCCGGCACGAGGAGGGCGGGGGACACAGGCGCAAGGUGCUGCGGCUGCAGGAGGACCCGGGCGGCUGCUCCAGCGAAGAGGACCCGGGGGCCGGCGACAGCGUGGACAUCCAGGAUGUGAAGUUUAAGCUGCGGCACAGCCUGGAUCAGCUGCAGGCGGCCACCACCUCGGCCCAGGACCUGACGCGGGACCAGGUGGCCCUGCUCAAGCUGGUGCUGGGCCGGGGCCUCUACCCCCAGCUUGCGGUCCCGGACCCGUUCAACAGCAGCCGCAAGGACUCGGACCAGAUUUUCCACACCCAGUCCAAGCAGGGCACCGUGCCGCACCCCACUUCUGUCUUUGCCAGCAGCCCGGAGGUUCUGCACGCGCAGGAGCAAGAGGCCGGGGGCGGUGAAGGGAGCCGAGACGACAGGGACAAGCUGAGCAGCAGGCACCAGCUCCUCACCUUCGUCUCCCUGCUGGAGACCAACAAGGCCUACCUGGUGAACUGCGUCCGCAUCCCCGCGCUCCAGGUGCGUCCCGGCCCCACGCGCCCCAGCUCCCGGGUUCGAUGACCGUGUCCCCAGGGCGGGAGGCCGGGAUGGGCCUCCAGAGCCGCCUUCCCCCC